GGAUUUAGAUAUUCUUCUUCCUUACCAAUGGAGGAAAGGAGAUGAGGGAAGGAAGCGAUGAAUAGUGUAUUGAGUCACAUUUCCCAGGGGAAAAAUCGAUACUUCUCAGCUGUUGGCGUCAUGCACGCGCAGGUUUUCGGUAGUUCUGUUUUCUCUUGAGUUUAGACUGACGCAAAGGAAAAAUUUAGAUAUGUCAUCCCAGCAGUAUUCAUUUUUUAGUGUGUGUCUGAUUUAUUUGCUAUUUCUGCAACUUAAGACCACAGUCCAGGCAUCCAGGAAUCCGAGGGACCUUUGCUCUCCUCGCCACCCUUCACUCCACCUGAGCAAGGCAAAGAUCUCUAAGAGGGCUCCCGACUGGGAGGCUACAGCUGUGAUUAACGGAGAGUUCAAACAGCUCCGUCUGUCUGACUACAGAGGGAGAUACCUUGUCCUCCUCUUCUACCCACUAGACUUCACGUUUGUCUGCCCCACAGAGGUGAUAGCCUUCAGUGAGCGCGUGCAGCAAUUCAGGGAAAUAGGAGCCGAGGUGGUUGCUUGCUCCGUAGACUCACACUUCUCACACCUGGCCUGGAUAAACUUGUCCAGGAAGCAGGGCGGUCUUGGACCAAUGAACAUCCCUCUCCUCUCUGACCUCACACAUCAUAUCGCCGAUGACUACGGAGUGUACCUGGAGGACCUGGGACACUCACUGAGGGGUCUCUUCAUCAUCGAUGGCCGCGGGGUCCUGAGGCAGGCGACCCUGAAUGACCUGCCAGUCGGACGCUCUGUGGACGAGACCCUGCGCCUGGUCCAGGCCCUGCAGUACACUGACAGACAUGGGGCAGUGUGUCCCGCUGGCUGGAAACUAGGUGAUGACACGAUCAAUCCUGAGGAAGCUUUGAGAGCCAGAUGGCCCAAGCAGGAACUGUGAGUUAAGCACUAAAAAUGGUUCAGUAAAUCCCUUCAUCAUCAUGGUUCCUUUCCAUCACCUGCCACUACCUCCAAACACCACAAGGUGGCAGUAUUUCCAUUGGAGUUUGUUGACAACCAAAGGAAUGUUCUAUUCACCAUAUCAUAUGCCGCAUCUUUAGUUAGUGCCAGAUCAUUUGAGACUGAUGGAGCUAUGGAGCUAAUCAAACUAGAUACACUGGUUCUGUAAUUUCCAGUAUUGAUUUUCUUUGUCUAUGGAUGUUAUUCAUUUCUCAAAUAAAGCCAACCACUGUUAAC